AUGAGCUGCGCACGCGCAGGUCCCGUCAGUCCGUCGCCUGCGCGCGCGGGGCCCGAAAGGCGUGCCAGCGCCUGCGCGUUGGAGCCGCGCGAAGCCGGCCUCGGCCGGGCAAAAGCGCGGAGUGCGGCGGGGAGGGGGGAGGAACAAAGAUGGCGGCCCGUGCUGCAGGAGUUGUUGUUGCCAUGGCGUCCUGCAGGAGGUGAGGCCCACACACCUGAACUCCUUUGCGGCACCGGGGGUCUGUUGCGGGACGGGACGGGGGUUUGAGGGCUGGGGGGGGCGAGGGCCGUGGGCCGUGUAGCACGAAGGGUUAAGAAGAGGGGGGCUCUAAAGGUUCGGUUAAAAGGAUGCUCUGGGGGCUCCUCUCCUUAUUUGAGUCGUGGGGCCGGCUGUGGGUCUGCAUGGGGGGCACAACGCGACAUAGGUAAGGCCCACCUGCCUAGAUGGUGUCUAGCGCAGGCGACAUGCACACGCUGUGCCUGUAUAACGCGAGGGGAGGGGGAGGGCAGGGAGCACAAUUUGACAUUAUUAUGUAAUCGCGGCAUAAUAAUAUGUGGGGUGAGUCUUGACAGGGUGGGGUUGGGGUUUGUGGUUUUUAUUUGGGGGGGGGCUUCUCUGCCCAGGGUCCUCGGUGAAGGGGGUGGGGAAUGGGCUUCUCAUGGGGGCUCUGGACUGCGAAGGAGGAGGGCUCUAGAGGUCGGCAGAUGAGGCUGUGCUGCCUAGGAGUUGGGGUGGGCUCCUGGUGACAGCAGGAAGACCCCCAACCUCUAUGGAGUAAGUAGUUCUGAAGUGUGGCUUGGAAGUAAAACAAUUUGGGGGGUGUUCUGGGUGUCAGUAUAUUUUUUAUGGCACUGGUCUUCAGCUGGUGGGUUCGGGGACCCCGCUAGUGGGUCACGGCUUGUUCCAAGGUGGGUUGCAGCAGGAGCAUGGACAUCAUGCAGAUACACGGUAAAAAUAGUAGGGAAUGGGUCCUGAAAUGUAUGGAUGGGUUGAAAUUGGGUCCUGGGAGUGAAAAGGUUGAUGACUACUGUUUUAUGGGAUGCAUGGACAAGGGCUACUAGGAGGCUGCCUCUUGAGAAGGACAUCCUGGCGAGGGCAAAACCAACUUCAUCUAUCUGCCAGUUGAGGAUCAGCUGCUCCAGUCCUUGAUUUCCCUCUUCCCUCCUCAUUCCAUUUUCCUUUCACAUUGUGUCUAUUGAAUUGUGAGCUAGAGGGCAGAUAUUGUCUUAUCCUUUAAUUUACAAACAGUGCUUAGAGAAAUUUAGGAGCUUUGAUAAUGAUGAUAAUAUAGGUUUUAAAAUAGGGAAGGUAUGGACUGUCUUUUUAAAUGGGAAGAUGCACCCCAAAUCAGAAGAUGGAUUUGUGUUUUAGGUGUUUAGAUGUGUUUUAGGUGUUUAGAUAUAUUAUUGGGUUGUAUCCAGGGCUAGUUCUUCCCAUAGAAAUGAAUAGGCAUGGCUAGUUCAGUUCCAUUUCAAUGAAUCUACUCUGAGGAGAAGUUGGAUAAAAACCUAGUAUUUAAAUGGUGUAUGGCAGUGUCAUUAUGGCUUUAUGGUGUUUAUGAAGAUUUGGUCAAAUUGACAGAAAAGGAUAGAGCUCUGAGUGUCUCUUUGCUGCUGCAAGAUAUGGCAGUAGUAAAGAUUUGAAGGAUUUAUUUUAAAUGGUGAGGUGGAGGCCACCAGGUGUCAUGGCUUAAAACAGGGUUAGACAUACUUAUAGGAGAGGAGAAGGCUGUUGAACUUCCAUAUCCAGUAGAGGUGGAGAACCUCUUAGGCCCUCCAUAUGUCAUUAGACUACAACUUCCAUCAUCCCUGAUCAUUGUCCAUGCUUGCUGAGGCAGACAGAAAUUGGAGCCCAGCAGCAUCUGAAGGGCCACAGAUUCCCCAUCCAUGAUGUACAGGUUGAGACUACCUUUGAAUUCCCCAAUGCUGAGGACAAACAUGAGGGGAAGAUUGUUACUGCUUUAUCCCUGGAUGAUGGAAGCUUUCUGGAGGGACCUGGCUGGACAAAGUUUGUACUGGAGAACUGGACCUUUGCCUGACAUUGAUGGGCAUGCUCCAUCUCUCCCAAUAACGUUUUGCAUGUCAAUGAAGCUUUGGAACUCCCAGGGAAUGUCUUGUUUUCCAUUUCAGCCACAGUGAAAAGAAGCAAUAGAGCAAAGGAAAGAUAUGAGGGCCAGUGGUGGUUGUCCUCAAGGAUCACAUCUGUGAUCCUGCAGAUGUUAGACUCCAACUCCCAUCUUCCCUGGCCAUUGGCCAUGCUAAGAGUUGGAUUCCAGUUAUGUCGCGGGGGAGCGGGACACAGAUGUUGACCGGCUGAUAAUAAAGAGAAUCUGGGAUUUUUGUGUAUGUAAAUAAUAAGCGUCUAAGGGGAAACCAAGGGGAAGUGCUCUUGUGCUUGAAGCCUGCUUGUGGGUUUCCCCACAGGCAAUUGGUUGGCCACUGCAAGAACAAGAUGCUUGACUAGGUGUUGGCCUGAUCCAGCAGGCUCUUCUUUUGUUCUUCUUUUGUUUUUCAUAGAAUCAUAGAAUUGUAGAGUUGGAAAGGGACCCUGGCAGUCAUCUAGUCCAACCCCCUGCAAUGCAGGAAUCUCAACUGAAGCAUCAUUAGAUGGCCAUCCAACCUUUGCUUUAAAAGCCCCAAGGAACGAGAGUCCACCACCUUCUGAGGGACCGACACAAUUUUUGUUCUUCUGUUGCAUCUCCUGUGCCUGUCCCUAUUCAUUCCUCUUUCCUCCAUGAAUAUUUUAGAAUAUAAGCAAAGGACCACUCAGGCUUCUUCAGUGUCAUUUAUAUAAAUGGGACUCUCUGUAUAUAAGUAAAUGAGAAUGUGUCGAAAUUCUGUGUGCCGAGAAAAGCUAGAUUCUAUAACCAUGGCAGAAAUUAUGCUGAUAAUAUAUUUGCAUAUUCUUUUUUCAUCUACUUUCUCUUGCUUCUGCUGUGUAGCGACAAAUAACUAUAGCGGUUACAGAAUCUUCUCUUCCCCUGCUUGCGUUCAAGUCUUACUUUGCAAAAAAGGAAAUGUUUUUCUGAAGGCUGGCUCUUUACUUUGAUCCCCUAUUCUGUGAUUGGGUGGAAUUCGUGUGUCCCAGCCUGUUUCCUGUGUGGCUCUUGAGGUCUCAGUGGGUCUCAGUGGGACUAGCUCUGUCUCCCAUAAGAAGAGCCCUGUUAGAUUGCACUAAAGCUGGGGUGGGGGGCAGGACCUUGUGACUUCUAGAUGUUGUUGAACUGCAGCUUUCAUCUUUGAGACCAGUAUCCUGCCUUUCCUAGUGACGUGCCAAAUGCUCCACAGUCGGAGCAUGAAGGCACCGGUCCUCUGCUGCUUAUUUUGUUCCUCAAGUCUGCAUAAUUCAUGUAAUUCCCAUAGUUCUGCUUAAGCAGGCUUUUUGAAUUUGGCACAGAAAAUUGGUUUUCCCUUGUUUUUAAAUAUGUCGCGCAGAAUCUUGUUGCCUCAGUAAAGACCUCCUUGAGUUUUGAUUUCCAAAGAAUUGUGAUUUCCAAAAGAAUUACACCAGGAAUGCAGAAGAAAUCCCCUUUGGCCAAUGGUAGCAGAGGAAACUGGAGGAGAACCUCAGAAGAGCUCUGAUGGAGAGUGGCUGGCCAGCAGCUCUCUGAAGCUCACAAGCAGCGCAAGGAGGCAAUAGCUCUUUACUGUUCUCCGCUUCUUCAGCAGCUGGUAUUCAGAGGUAUACGGCCUCUGACUUCCACUAGCCUUCGUGGCCGCUACCCAUUCAUAGACCGGUCCUUCACAAAUGUGUGUAUAGUGGUACCUCAGGUUAAGUACUUAAUUCAUUCCGGAGGUCCGUUCUUAACCUGAAGCACCACUUUAGCUAAUGGGCCUCCUGCUGCCGCCGCACCUCCGGAGCACAAUUUCUGUUCUCAUCCUGAAGCAAAGUUCUUAACCCGAGGUAAUAUUUCUGGGUUAACGGAGUCUGUAAUCUGAAGCGUAUGUAACCUGAAGUGUAUGUAACCUGAAGUGUAUGUAACCUGAGGUACCACGGUAAAUGCCUUGCAGUACCACCUAAAGUCAUAUAACUACACAACGCCCUAAAGCUGUUUGGCUGAUACCACUGUGGCAGAACUUUGGGACUGGGGGCCGAAUGUGGCCCUUCAGGCUUCUCUGACUGGGCCAGGUUGCCUCUGGCUUGCCAGGAUGGAAAGACGUGUGACCUUUGCGUGGCCUACUAUACAAAGUAAGAGUUGCACCCAUUGCUCUGCCCAGUUUACCACUGACUCGGCCCUGACACUGGCAUGUGGCCCCUGGAAGACGCCCCAUGAGAGAAUGUGGCCCUUGGGCUGAAAAAAAAUGCCUGACCUCCCUGGAGUGUUUGUGAUUUUUUGGUCAACCUUUAGGUGUCCUGGUUUAGGUCCCAUUUAGGUAAGUAGAUGCACAUGAAAUAAUUUAGAUGCAAAUGUGAGUGAGCAGCGACGCUGCCUAUUCCCCCUUGCUGCUCUCGAAGCUUGGAACUCCCCCCUAAAUAUGCACAUGGCGCCACCUCUCCUCCCUUCCUUCAAAUCACUUCUCAAAAUUAAUCCUUUUCUAAGGGAUUUUUCCUCCUGAAUUCUUCUUUCCAACUUUAACCAAGUUUUAGGCCGAUGUAACUGCGUCUGCCCACAAUUUCUCCUCCCUUCUUCGUUUCUCCCGUUGUCUGUUUUGGAUUGGAAGCUCCUUGCAGGCGGGCACCUCUCUGCACACCUCUCUGUGACUUACUGCGCCCCAGGAACGGGAAGACUAUGGCCUUCCUGAUUUUGCAGAACUACAACCCCCCUCAUCCCUGACCACUGGCCAUGCUGCCUUUGGCUGACGGAAGGGCCGCAGAGUCUCUGGUGCUCAAAAGCUUGCACUGAUUGGCCAUACUGGGCCAUCUUCAAGGCUCUUAACAACUUGGACACCUCAGGGUCCACCUCUCCCUUGUAUCCCUGCCCGGUCACAGAGGUAUUCAGGGGAGUCGCUGUUAGUGUUAGUUUCCCCCCAUGGCUCAGAUGCGCAGCAUUUGGUAAUGUGGGCCCAGUUUUAUGGAACCUCCUUCUAGCCAAGGUCUGACAGGCCCCCUCCCUGUUGAACUUCUGUGCCUUCUUAACUGGGUUAAAAAAAUAAUAAUCCAGCAGGCAUUUUAAUUUAAUUCUGAUUUUGUAAUUUUAAUUGGGUUUUGAUGUCAUUGUAUUGAGAUUUUUGUGUGCUGCAUAGAGAUGAUAUAAUGGAGAGCUAUAUAAAAUGUCUAAGCAAAUGAAUAAAAAUGUGAAGGAAACACCCAUUAUGUUACAGGUACUUCCAGCCAGGUGGCCUUGGGCUUUGGUUUCCAAGGUUUUGACAAUCUGCAUACCUCCAGAGCCCCGUUCACUCCCACUCCGUCCUUGGAAUGAUGAGAACUAUUAAACCUGUAUCGCAGAAAUAAAGCCGAGGUUCUCAGGAAGCCAGAAGCUGAGUUGAAUCCUGCAUGGUGUUUACAGACUAUGCUCACCCUUGUUUCUGAGGCAUUGGAGUUAAGAUGUGGCCUCGGUUCCCCCUGAGAUGCAGGGAAGCACUUCCCUUUCCAUUGGGACCACCUAUCCUGGAAUCUGGCUGUGGGGAGCAUCUCUGAGUAAAGGCGGAGAAUUUUACCAGUUUUCCUUUGCUGUUUUUUUGUCUUGCAGGGCAUCUGCUAAGAGGAGCCCUCCUGCGGUCAGCCACCUCUGUGAGGUGUGAGCCAGGGGCCGGAGGGGGUGAGAGUCUAGCACUUUUUGAGAGGUGCGUUUCCAGCUUGCUGGGCUGGGGUCUUUGUGCUGCUUGGCUUUGUGCUGUCCAUUUCUGUUGAGUGCCUGUUUUGAGGGGCUAAAAAAUUUCCAUGCUUUUAUUAAAUUGGAAACUGGGAUUUCCCAAGAGUCUGUGUGCUCAGUCCUCUGAACUGACCUUUUCCCACAGUCUCCUGGUUUAAUUGCUGCAUUGUUUUAAUGUGUAUUUCACUUAAGGGUGUCUAUAUUGUAAGGUGAUUGUAUAGUUUAAUUAGGAAUGUUUCUACUUCAGUGUUUUGUUUCCUUUAUACACAGUAAAAAGCACAGAAGCCUAUCCUGAACGUUAAGUGGUAUAUAAAGUUGUUAAUAACUGAUUCUAUCCAGCUAAAUCCUACUCAGAGCAGAUGCACUUAAGUCAAUGGACAAAUUAGUAAUAGCUAUUUAUUUCUCAGUUGGCUCCAACCCAGUAUUAAUAACAAUAGCCUCAUAUUUGGCAUUGCUCUGGAAUGAUAAGGAACCAAAAAACCAGUGCAGCUCUGAAAGGUUCAGUCUGCCAUCUUGAUUCCAAAUGAUGCCCAGCUGUAUCCAAACAUAGACAAAAGCCUGGUCCUUGAGUUCUGGAGGAACCAUUAUGCCAAAUUUGGUUAUGAUAUCUUAGCAGGUAUCCGAAUGCACAGCCAACAAACAUACAAUGGUACCUUGGUUUAAGAACAGCUUAGUUUAUGAACAACUUGGAUUAAGAACGCUGCAAACCUGGAAGUAGAUGUUUUGGUUUGUGAACUUUGCCUUGGAAGCAGAACAUGUUCUGCUUCCUGCUGAGUGUGUUCCAUUUGUAAAGUGAGUCCCCCGCUGCUGUGGGAAAGCACACCUCGGUUUCAGAACGCUUUGGUUUAAGAACGGACUUCCGGAACGGAUUACGUUCGUAAACCAAGGUACCACUGUAUUUCAAAAACGUAAUGUGAAGAAACAGACCUGACCGUUUCCCCACUUCCCGCUUUUGUUUCUUUUCUCCCCAGGGCCCUCCUCUAUCUCCUCUCCGCAAUGCCGCAAGCCUCCGAGCACCGCAUGAGCCGGGCGAGAGAGCAGUCGGUCAUCACCUCUCAGCCGAAAGCCACCUCCAAGCUCCCCAAUGGACACCGAGCCCCGAGCCAAGAGCACCGCGGCUGCUCCUCCGCCGCCUCCAACGGACUUUCCGUGGCGUCCAAACUGCGCCCGUUGCCGCCCAGGCCAAGCCCUCUGGAUGACAGGGGCAAGAAGCUGGAGCUCGACCGAGGCCGGGCCUCCAAGCGCAGCGACACACUGCGCGCCUCCGCCUCCCGCCGCGGCCCCGUCAAGGCAGACCACGCCCUCAAGGUGCCCGGCUGCCCGCAGGCCGGCACCAUCUCCGGCAGCGCCUCCUUCACCAUGCCACCCGGCGUCCUCCUGGGCGGGCCGGACUCAGACCGCCGGAGCGGCAACCUGCUGCGCUCCAAGUCGAUCAGCAUCGGCGACCUGAGCCAGUCCGGCAGCCGCGGGGAGGAGCAGCUGAGCGCCGUGCUGAACCGGCUUGCUCUCCGGGACCGCAGCCCAUCGUGCAGCCACAAACAUGGCCUGGGCGCCCUGGCCCUGAAGAGGAGCUCGUCUCUGCGGAGAGUCAACGUCACCCCCGGGGCAGAUGGGAGGCCGUCGCCCACGCUGCUGUCCGUCCGCACGGAGGGCUGCCCCAGGACUCGCGCCCUCGACCCGCAGGCCACGGAAUACGCUCGCUCCCAAGACGUCCCGGUAUCCACCAGCCCACCCCAGAGCAAGGGCCUUGUUCCGAGCAGGCUGGAGGAGAAGGCCACUGCUGUAAGGGACUGGCAAGGGGUGCCCAGCAAUGAUCCUCUUUGGGGGAAUGGAGGGCUCCAGGCUUUACAAUAGGGUACACGGUGUGAAGAAAGUAGAUAGAAGGAACUUUAUUAACCUUAGAAUCCAGGGCUGUCUAGGAAACUGAUUGGCAGUAGAUCCAGGGGCAAACUGAAGAAAGUAAUUCUCUGCAGCACAUAUAGAUUCACUCUUGGCAUCUCUGUAUUUAAGCAGUUGCCUGGGAGUUGUAGGCACAAAGGAAUUCCCUGUGGCAGAAGGGUCCUGGAUUCCUCUUCCGUCCUGCACCCCUCACCUUUAUCCCUCCUCAGCCAAAAUACUUUGCAGAAUGCUUUCCCCUUCCUCCCCCCUUCCUCCCUGGCUGCUAAGAAUCCGGUGUCCUGGGUUUCCAUACUAGACAUGGAGGACCAGCCUCUUAGCAAGCUAGUGUUUAGAAAACAAAGUGUGGGAUACUUAUUAUUUAUUCAAUUUAUAUUCCGCCCUUAAUCCAAAGAUGUCAGGACGGUUCAUAAGAUAAAAAUACAGGGUAAAAGCACAAAAUCGAUAGGUAAAACCAAAAUAAAACAAUAACCCCACCCCAAGAAACACAUUUAAGAGCCGUAACUUUUGUGGCACUAUGGGGAGUACGUUGCCGUGAAGUGCAGUCACAGUCGCCAUUUUGGUUUGUCUUAAAGCGGGAUUGGUGUAACCUGUGGCCCUGCAAAUGCUGCUGACCAUUGGCCAUGCUGGCUGGGGCUUACGGGAGUUCAGCAACAUCUGGAGAGCCAGAGGUUCCCACUCCCUCCUUUAAAGGAAGGAGAGAAGACAAAUUUGUGGAUGACUUUUGUUCAUCACUUGAUCGCCUGAUAAAGCUCCCAUGUUCAGUAGCAAUAUACCGCUGAAUACCAAAUGCUGGGGACAGGCUGUUGCCUUCACAACCUGUUUGUGGGUGCCCCAGCAUGAGCCAACUUCUUUCUCUCCUCUCCUGGUGCAUCCCCCCUAACCCUCCAAAAUAAUUGCCCCAGAGGGUUGCGUGAGCAGAAACUCACGCUCGCUGGAUUUCCCUUGAUGUUUAUGCUGUCCGCUCCCGCUAGUUUUUAACUGCUUUGUUUCAUGUUCCUCCCAGGCAGACAUGCACGCACGCAGGACUCUCCUUGGCAGGCGGCUAAGUAUCUCUAACAGAAUAGACAGCCACAAGAGUUCCCAGCAUUCCUUGGGGGUGAGUCUGUGGGGGGAGAGCACCGUAGUCGUUAAGCUGGUUUUAAGUGGCUCAGCUGCAUUAGACACACUUAAGUGGGUUUAUCGGCCAUGGAACCUUGCGGGUUGUGCUUCGGCGAGUCAGACAGAGAUCCUACUCUGAGAAUUCGCAGGAAGCCACCACCAAAGGAAGUUUAGGGGAACUGGUGGUAGUUUGCCUGGUUUAGAUUUGUGACAUGUGAACUUUCCUUAUACUACUAAGGCAGAAUGCUGGCCCAUCUAGUUCAAUAUUGUCCGCAGUAAUGGGCAGCAGCUCUUUGGGAUUUUCCAUCCCUACCUGGAGAUGUCAGGUCCAUCUGUGUAUAAAAGCAGAUGCUCUACGCCUCUGAACUAUCCCUCCAAAAGAAUAAUAACCAUUGAAUAGGUUCCUAUAGAGCUGCCCCUAGCUGUUUGCUUUCCCCUUUGCCUCACAGGAAGGCUGCCUCUGUAUCCUUCAUAUCAAUUACUUACAGUCCUGUAAAUACUGGCAGAUGGCCAGCAUGGAUCCGGUUCCCCAAGGCAGGAGGGUGGAGUUCUGGCCUGACUCCCACCACAUGCCAGCUGCUGGAAAAUGAGACAGCACAGGCAUGGCUCCUUGCAGCAAGGCGCUUUUGGUGUCGUUCGGGUGUCAGUGGGAAACUUAGGAAGCCUCUGUAUUCAGAGUUGAGUUUUAUCGGAACUGACUCUUGAGGGUUUCAGGCGGUUGGCAUCCCCAGGUCUACUUGGAGGAGCCAGAGAUUGAGCCUGCAACCUUCUGCAUGCAAGGCAGAUGUUCUGCCACUCAGCUACAGCCCUCCUCCCUCUCAACAGUAGUCCAGACAGAGAGGAGGGCAUAAGAAGCUGUCUUCUACUGAGUCAGACCAUUGGUCCAUAUAGCUGCUCAGUAUUGCGUAUACUCACUCCAGGAUUUCAGGCAGGGUUCUCUCCCGGUCCCACCUGGAGAUGCUGCUGGGAUUGAACCUGGGACCUUUUGCAAGACAGAUGCUUUCCCCAUUGAGCUAUGGCCCUUCCCCAAGGGGUGUUGGCUGUUCAUUGUGCUGUCACCCACACACAUGGUUUUCUUUUCCUUUUUCUGUUUAUUGCAUGGUGAAAAUCAAUGAAGCUUUUUGUGGACAAACGUCGUCUCAAGGAGCAGCCUCUGCACAGUUGCAUUGCAAGCUGCUUCCACUGGUCCAUCUGCCCCUGUUGGAGCCAUCUCAGGAGAUGCCUCCUUGUGGCCUCUCCAACACUUGAAAGCAGGAGGCAGAUGGGAGGGAGGGAAAGGAGACUUUUCUUUGGUGAUAGCCUAUCGAAAAUCACAUUUGUUUCCAUAGAAACAGAUGCAUGGAACAAAAUGUAUAGAGUUAGCAGAUGUCUCCCCUAAAUCUUUUCUGUGAGUGCAGGGACCGUCUUUUAUUAGAGGGGGUGGGGAUGGCUUAGGGGAAGGCACAUUCUCAAAUGUGCCCAUUUUCUUCCACUGCUGUCCCAAGCUGGCAGCCCUUUUGCUGAACCUGGACUGAUUUGGGGGUAAAAUGUCCACGCCCAGCUCCUAGCUCACUAUCUGCACCCGGUUCCCCCGGCUAGUGACUCUGGUCGACUCAGGGGCUGACAUCUUCCAGAGUUGUAACGGCUAAUUAAUUCCCUGGGGCAAGGAUUCACUUGCGCAGUUUUUAUAGGUCUGUGUAACUGUCCGACUUGCCCUGCUCAAGGUAGCUUUUGGGGAACAUCCCACUGUGCCAAGGUGGGUUGGCCCACUGAGAAGUCGUCCGAAGCAGUUACCUGCUGGGUCUCGGGGCUUUUCUCGAGGACGCUGCAGGGGCCUCUUGGGGAAGCUGCUAGCCGUAACCCUGGUCACCCUGAGCUGUGUAUAUUUGCUUUGGUUGUGUUUUUAUUUUGCCGCGCCGUUCCCUCCCUGGCUCCGCAGUUCUCCGAAAGCGUUGCUGCUCCCCAAAGUAGCUCUUCCUGCUAAUUAAUCCCGCCGAGAUGAGCCUCCAGGAGGAGCCAGGAAUAGCCAGGGGAAAUCGGAUCAGCUAAUGAGCUGCUGGCUUAUAGGGACGUGAGGGAGGGCCCGCCAGUCCUUUUCCCCGCUUGGUGCCGCGCAGGACGAGGGCUGCGCCUCUUUCUCGCCGGCUCUUCAAGCGGGAACGGGCAGCGGGGGAGCCAUGCCGGGGCUCCAGGGGGCCACUCUGGUGGAGCUGCCCCGGAAGCUGCACCGCACGUUGGCCACCAAGCGGGAGCUUCAUGGCCGAGCGGCGGACAUCUCUGAGUCCGUGGUCCACACGGCGGUGAUGGGGCUGCUGCUGAUGACCAGUGAGGUAACCCCCCCCCCAUCUCUCCCCGUUGCUGCCACUAAGUUGAUAAUGUCUGACGCGGCUUCAUUGCGUGGCUUUAUUGUACAGAGGUGCCCUGAGCCUCUUUCUCCGUAUCCUUUACCUUUUACCUUUUUGGUUCUUUGGCUGGAUUUAUACCAUUCCGUUCCAUAUGGGACAGUUUUCAUUGUAAUGAAGGAUGAUUAAGAAACUUGACUAUUAAAAAAAACCUGCUGUUUGCUGGGAGAAUUUGAGGAACAGGGAGCUUUGGCCUAUGGGACAAGGCUGCAGCUGAGAAGAGCGUGGAGAAUGCUUUUCCUUGAUUUCAUAGUGGAUGAGAGCAGCGCUUGUUGAAUUAUUUGUUUCUGACCCAGUAGUUGCCUUUAAUUCUGGCCAGCGACUAGGGACCCAGUUACAAUGUUUGUGAUGAGAUGUUUCCCUCCUUCUCCUCUUCCGCCCACUGCAAGAAGAGGAGAGGACAUUUUUAAUAGCUGUUUGAAAGAGUUUUUUCUUGGAGGAUCUACCCUGUGAGAGAAACCUGCAUUUGCUGCAGUUCCCUUCUAUAUUACUAAAUUCAUACCCCACUUUUUCCUCCCAAAGUUGUCCAGAGUGGAAAACACACAAGCAAGAAAACAAUCUGAACAUCUUAAAAACACCCCUCCAGUACGGAUGCAGGCCUGCUUUUAUUGCACCACACAGCUAUUUAAACAUGAAGAGGCUUGGUCUUCUUUUGCAGUUGGUCUCUCUGAUCUCAAGCUCUUCCUCCCCUCCACCACAAAAAAGGAAAUUGAGUAAAUCGACCAGUUAGUGAUGCCGCUGGGGUGAAGUGGCUGUAGGUCAGGGCACAACCUUCCUGUCAAGGGCCAGUAGUCUAAAGAAGGGGUUGGCAGGAUAUGUGGGGCUGAUGGACUCCAAUUCCAGACAUUGCUGGACUCCCAUCAGCCCCAGCCAGAGACAUCUGCAGGGCCACAGUGUCCCCCUUCGGAGUAUACAACAACAACAACUUCAUAUGCUCAUACAGUUCUCUUACAUUGGAAAAGGACCAUAGUUCAGUUGAUCAAGCCCCUCCUCUGCCCUCAGAAGGUUCAGUCCCUGGCAUCUUUAAGUGGAAAAGACUCUGAAGUUCUAGAAAGGCAUGGCUGUUGGUGUGGAGCCUAUUGGGUCCUCUGGAUGUUGCUCAGCCGCCUCCCAUCAGCCCCAGACAGCAGGACCAAAGUUAGGGAGUUGGAGUCCAACAACGUCUGAAGGGUGCCUGAUUCCUUCCCCCUGGAGCUAAGGAAGGAUUGGUAUCCGGACUUGUUUGGGGGCUUGCAGCUCCUGUUUCAGAACUUCUUGGUUGCAGUCUUAGAAAAAUGCCCCAAGGGUGCCUCCCCCACCCCCCAACUUCUUGAUUGUGUUCAGAUUUCCUUCCUGUCACGGCAAGUCGCACAAUAUAAUUGCGUGUAUUUAAAUCCUCAGCGGUUACCGCUCAAGCUAACCUGCUUCAGAGCCGCUGUGAUUUGCUCACUCCUUCUCUGCUCGAGACGACUAGGUAGGGGAGCUGGAACUCCUCCACAGCUGGCAGGAGAGGUGGAUUGAUUUGAGAAGCCUGCAAAAGGCAGCUUGGCCAGAAACUGCGGUGGAACGACCCCUAGACCAUGGAGAGGAAUCAUGCUGGGGGUUGGGGAGUUCUGGCAAUGCCACAAAAGAGACCUGUGCCAAUCUUUGGGAUGCUCACUCUUUAUGUGUACUUAAGUACGGAUGUAUCUGUCCAUCCUGCAUGUGGAGACAUGAGACGAGACGAGCCUAUUAUUCCCGCUGUCACAACACGCAAAACAUCCCUCCCUCUCUGUCUCUCUCAUUCACUCUGUCAUUUGUUUUUGUUUUUUCCAGACGCAUCACACUCUCCUGCUGGGCUCUGGGCACAUAGGUCUCCGCAACCUUGGCAACACGGUAAGAAGUGGGCGCUUACCUCCCCAGCCCCAGGUGAAGAGAACUUCCCUCCCUGCAUAAGGGACUUGUCACAAAGGUUUCUUUUGAAAGGCCCCAACAAUGUGCAAUUUUUGUUACUCAAAAGAUGCCUUAAAAUAACCGGCAUUGAGAAGUCGAACUUGGUAGGAGGCGAGGUAGCCGUGUCAGACUUGCCACAAUGAGAGCAGCAGAAGUGAUGUCUCUUAUUGAGUUUGUUGUGCGUGUGUUUUAAAGCAAAGGUGGCAAAUCUUUUCUGGGUUGGGUGAGAUUUGCAUCUUCCCCACCCCUGGAGGGCCACAUUUGACAGGUGGGUGGGGUUGCCCACCUGCCAAUUGCCUGGAUCCACAGUGGCAUCUUGCGAUGCAGCGCUUUGAAGUCCUGACUUUCGGGACUUCAAAGCGCAGCGUGGGACUGUUUGAAAGCCCCUUUGCAAACCGCCCCAGCUGCUCUUUAAAACUCCAGUUUCAGAGGCCACAUUUGACAACCUGGUAGGCCAAGAUCGGCCUGUGGGUUCCCCACCGCAGAUGAUUUUGACCUUUCAACUUGUAUGAUGUGUGCAUAUUCUGCACAACCGCUCUGUGCCGAGUGCAGAAAACAAGUUUGGAAUUCUGCAUCCAGGUGUUGCUGAGGGAGGUGAGGUUGGGUGGUAUGCUCCACGAAUGUUCUGCACUAAGCACCAAAAUCGGACGCAGGACCCAGCAUCUUUGGAAACUCGGUGGGAUUUUAGGUGCUGCCUGAAGGCAGCUUGCAACCCUGCCGCUACAGUCCCCGUUCCUAACCCUAAAUCCCCAUCUGGAAGUUGUGGGAGCCUAGCAACAAGGACACACACACCCAGCAACUGUGCCAAGCCCAGCAUAACUAAGAGCAUACGCUGUGGUUGGUUGUUCCAAAAUGGCAGCACACUCCUGUUUCCCACCACCACCAGGAGGGGAAAAGGGGCGAGCAUAGAAUUGAAGUCAGGAUCGCUGGCUAGGAAUAUGGGUGUUUUAUUGCAUUCUGCACUGGAGCACUAGGUAGCUAAAGUUCUGUUCACAAUUGUUCCCCCUCCUGUCCAGGCACCGACUCACCCCAGGCCUUCUUUGCUCCAGCAAGAUUUUAUUUAUUUAAAGGCAUUUUAAAACAGCUUGUUUAUUACAGUCAUACCUUGGAUCCCAAACGCCUUGCAAGUCAAACAUUUUGGCUCCCAAACGCCGCAAACACGGAAGUGACUGUUCCAGUUUGCAAAAUAUUUUGCAAAAAUAGUUCGGCUUCCGUGGCUUCUGAUUGGCUACAGGAGCUUACUGCAGCCAAUCAGAAGCCGUGCUUUGGUUUCCGGAUGUUUUGGAAGUCGAACGGACUUCCGGAACGGAUUCUUUUCGACCUCCAGCGUACGACUGUAUUAUUAUUCACUAAACAGUGUGCAACAUAAAAACCGUGGGUUGUAGCCAAUGCAAAUCCUAUUCAGAGUAGACCCAUUGAAAUUAAUGGACCUAAAUUAGGUGUGUUGGUUUUUGAAAUAUUUCUUACUUUCAAGAAUAAGGAAAUACAUCAGCAUAGGAAGUUACUUGUUGAGUAAAGUACCGUAUAUAUCCAUGUACAGUGGUACCUUGGGUUAAGAACUUAAUUCUUUCUGGUGGUUUGUUCUUAACCUGAAAUUGUUCUUAACCUGAAGCACCACUUUAGCUAAUGGGGCCGCCAUGCCACUGCCCCACCAUUUCUGUUCUCAUCCUGAAGCAAAGUUCUUAACCCGAGGUACUAUUUCUGAGUUAGCGGAGUCUGUAACUUGAAGCGUAUGAAACCUGAAGCGUAUGUAACCCGAGGUACCACUGUAUAAGACAAUUUGUUUUUCCAAAAAUAAUGUCAAAAUUUAUGGGGCGUCUUAUACAGUGGUGCCCCGCAAGACGAACGCCUCGCAAGACGGAAAACCCGCUAGACGAAAGGGUUUUCCGUUUUGGAGGCGCUUCGCAAAACGAAUUUCCCUAUGGGCUUGCUUCGCAAGACGACCGCCCAUUGGUAAAUCUCUGGGACCGCGGGGACGCGCAGGGGGUCUUCCCCACUGUCCUCGGACCUCCGCCGACGCCUGGGGGGGGGGGGGGGACACCUCCUCCCGCCGCCGCGGGGCUUCGGAAGGCUCCUCCUACGCCGGGGGGGGGGGUAGGGAACACCUGCCGCCGCCGCCCGGCUUCGGAACGGUGCUCCGGCCGGGCGGGGGGAGGGAACACCUGCCGCCGCCGCCCGGCUCGGAACGGUGCUCCGAGCCGGGCGGGGGAGGGAAGACCUCCCCGCCGCCCGGCUCCGGAACGGUGCUCCGAAGCCAGGCGGUGGGAGGGAAGACCUCCCCCGCCGCCCGGCCCGGAACGGUGCUCCGGCCGGGGCGGGGAGGGAACACCUCCGCCGCCGCCCGGCUCGGAACGGUGCUCCGAGCCGGGCGGGGGGAGGGAAGACCUGCCGCCGCCGCCCGGCUCGGAACGGUGCUCCGAGCCGGGCGGGGGGAGGGAAGACCUGCCGCCGCCGCCCGGCCGGAACGGUGCUCCGAGCCGGGCGGGGGAGGGAAGACCUCCGCCUCUGCCCGGCUUCGGGAACGGUGCUCCGAGCCGGGCGGGGAGGGAAGACCUCCGCCGCCGCCCGGCUCGGAACGGUGCUCCGAGCCGGGCGGGGGAGGGAAGACCUCCGCCGCCGCCCGGCUCGGAACGGUGCUCCGGCCGGGCGGGGGAGGGAAGACCUGCCGCCGCCGCCCGGCUCGGAACGGUGCUCCGGGCCGGGCGGGGAGGGAAGACCUCCCGCCUCUGCCCGGCUCGGAACGGUGCUCCGAGCCGGGCGGGGGAGGGAAGACCUCCGCCUCUGCCCGGCCUCGGAACGGUGCUCCGAGCCGGGCGGGGGAGGGAACACCUGCCGCCGCCGCCCGGCUCGGAACGGUGCUCCGAGCCGGGCGGGGGGAGGGAACACCUGCCGCCGCCGCCCGGCUCGGAACGGUGCUCCGAGCCGGGCGGGGGGAGGGAAGACCUCUCGCCUCUGCCCGGCUCGGACGGUGCUCCGGCCGGGCGGGGGAGGGAAGACCUCCCGCCGCCGCCCGGCUUCGGAACGGUGCUCCGAAGCCGGGCGGGGGGGAGGGAAGACCUCCCGCCGCCGCCCGGCUUCGGAACGGUGCUCCGAAGCCAGGCGGGGGGGAGGGAAGACCUUCUGAAGGCGGGCGGGGGCGAAAGUCUUUGCUCCCCUGCCUGCCUGUCCCGGAGGGCUUUUGAAGGCGGGGGAGCAAAGACUUCGCCCCCGCCCGCCUUCAGAAGAGGUCCUGGACCUCUUCUGAAGGCGGGCGGGGGGCAAAAGUCUUGUCCCCUGCCUGCCUUCCCAGGGGCUUUUAAAUUGCCCCGGACAGCGGAGAAGUCCUCCGCUGUCCCGGGGUUUUUUAAAAUGCUGGGGGUGGGAAGAAAAGCCCUUGCCCCCCCCCCCAGCCUUCAGAAGAGGUCCGGGGACAGACUGUCCCCGGACCUGGUCUGAAGGCGGUUUCCCUAGGAACGCAUUAAUUGAUUUUCAAUGCAUUCCUAUGGGAAACCGUGCAUCGCAAGACGAAAAACUCGCAAGACGAAGAGACUUGCGGAACGAAUUAAUUUCGUCUUGCGAGGCACCACUGUACACGGAUAGUGCCGAGGGUGUACUGGCGACUGGUUUUUGCUGCGAGCAGGAAUUUUUCAUUGGCGAUAGGGAUGUUGAUUUGUGUAUGCGGCAAGGGCUGCUGCUGAUAGGCUGCUGCUGCGGGAAGUGGGCAGUUGAAUGGCAGUUGCUGGCGGGUGAUUGUUUUUGGGCCCCCUCCCAAAAACCCUCAAAAACUGUGGGCAAUCCACUCCAAAAAAAGCUGAACAACUGAGGACAACCCUCCGCAAAAAAACUCAACAACUGUGGGGCAUCUCCCCCCUCCCCAUUUUCUUAAACCUGAGUCCCCAAAAGGGGGGCAUCUUAUAGACGGCAAAAUACGGUGUGUUGGUACAACUGUAUUACACAAUUAUACUUCCCCCAGUCAGCAAACAACCAUUCGCAGAGCCUCUGUAACAAACUAACUAAAUGAAACAAAACUGAAUCUCCUGCCCUGUUGGUCUCCCCACCCCUCUGAGUUGAACCAACAUUGGAUACACCCCAAUGGGAGGGGGGUUUAUUCAACUUGUUUUUGCUCAGAGUAGACCUGUUGAAAUUGAUGGCAAAGACUAAGUAACGGCAUUCUGUAACACAGGGGUAAGGAUGGAAAAUGUCCCGUUUUCAAGUCCCCACCCUGUGAUGUUCUGCAGGGUGCUGUGUUGCGAGUAGAAUUUUCCCAGCCGAUUGAAAGGUUCUCCCGGGACUGUACAGGGGCAGGUGACCUUUCAGGUAGCUGCAUCCUGUGUGUCUUCACACCAUCCCUUUUGGGGGAACGGGAAUGCUGCAGGCCAUGAUGACACCCCCAUUGUAUCUCCCCCUCCAGUGCUUCAUGAAUGCCGUGCUUCAGUGCCUGAGUAGCACCAAGCCCCUGCGGGACUACUGCCUCCGUCGGGAAUUCCGGCAGGAACAGCCCAGCGCUCUGCGGACCCAGCAGGAGCUGACUGAAGGUAAAGAGGGGAAGCGGAAAGACCCUGCCCUGCUUUUCCUGUUGUUGUUUUCCCUCCCGUCAGCAGAGUCGGUUAUGUAACCAGAUCACUGUCUGAACGAGCUUCAGCUAAAAAGGAUCCUUGUAGUGAGCCAGCAAUCUAAAUUGGUCUCUGGAGGGCCUUAAUCCAAUCCCGGUUGACCACUAUUAUAUAAGUACCUCUGCCUUGAACAAAGUAUUAUAUAAUUAGAGGACCUAAUUCCAGCACUCUCCUGUCCUGUCCCUUUCUCACCUGCGAGGUAUUCAUAGGCCACCGUCUCUGGCCUUCAGCUUGCAAACGUAUUACAGGAAACACCUACAUAAAUAUUGUGGGACAAACUGCCCAGGCUUAUAAUCCACAGUUUUGAGGUGGGGGGUGGAAUGGUGGGACAGGGAGAGGAUUAUGAAAGUCACUCCUAAAGGAGUGGGCGUUUGAUAUUGCAUUGUGUUUGCACAUCUUUUUCCAUUGCUCCAGCCCCUCCUCUGACCCUCUUGAUAGUUUUCCACCAGCAGUAUCUUUGAGCCUGUCCUGUUGGGAGGGAGAGGGUCUAGGUAUGAGUUCUGCCUCUGCCACAGUCUUCCCUAUGCGGCCUUGGACAGGCCACAUACCUAACUCCAAGCCCCAAUUCCUCAUUUGUAAGACAAAACCAGGAAUGGUAGCAUAUUUGCCAUGUUUCGAGGAAGAGGAAGCAAAAUGAAAUUCGCUGAGUGUUUUCCCUAGUGUAAAAAUGGAGAAGGAGAAAGGGAACAACUCCUUUAUUUUCUUUUUUGUGGCUCUUCAUUCUCCAGCCUUUGCAGAUGUCAUUGCCACUUUAUGGCACCCCGAUUCCACGGAGGCCGCCAACCCCAGCCGCUUCAAAGCCGUCUUUCAGAAAUACGUGCCAUCCUUCACAGGAUACAGGUGAGGCAAGUUGGGGUGCCCAUUGCCUUAUCCCUGCCCCAGUGCGGUUGCACAUUUCUUACCCACCCCAACAUUUCCCCCACCCCGGCCUGCCCAACCCUUCUGCCUUUCUUCCUUUUCUAGCCAGCAGGACGCUCAGGAGUUCUUAAAAUUUCUCAUGGAUCGGUUGCAUGUGGAGAUUAACAGGAAAGGGCGCAAGACUCCCAGCAUCCUCUCUGACGCCAAGCGACCCUCAGUACUAGAGGACACAGACACCUUGAGGUGAGUGCAGAAAAUGUGGUGCCGUCUUGUGAGCUGGGCAGAAGAAACUGCUCUAUACCACAAAUCGGAGCAUGCUUCUAUUUUUUAAAGGGGAGAGGGCAGGGAUUGAACCUGAGACCUUUGGCUUGCGAGGCGGGUGCUCUACCGCACAGCUACAGUUCCUCCCUGAAUGUGUCAAGCUGCUGUAUACCAGGUCAUCUAUCCCAGUACAGUCAAGUUGCAUCAUCUGGGCAUUUUACUUACACAAAUUCAGCUUUAUAUGCCCAGUUGCGGCUCCAUUCCAGCCUUUUUCUUCUGCCUCCAUUUCUCUCUCUCUCUUACUCACCUCCCCCCCUCCCUUCUGCUGCUCACUUUCACAUGGGGGAGUGAGGGGAGGUAGCAGAAACAUGGGGGAGGUCUUCCCCAUGGGACUUCUCCACCACCAGCAGCCAAAUGAAAAGUAACUUUGGCUAUGCAUGGUUUUCACAUAUAUAUGCAACACCUGGAACUAAACCCUUGCAUGUGAUGCAACUUGACUGCAUUGUCUGCUGAUAGUGGCUCUCCACAGCCUCAGGUUUUUGGCAACUCUGCUAUCUAAGAGCUCUUAUGUUUUGUUACUGUUUACAGUCAUAUCUCGGGUUGAAGUCGCUUCAGGUUAAGGCUUUUCGGGUUGCACUUGGUGGCAACGUGUUACUUCCGGGUUUCGCUGCUCACGCAUGCACAGAUGCUCAAAAUGACGUCAUGCGUGGAAGCGAUGAAUCGCAACCCACGCAGACGCGGGGUCGCGGAUUGCGUUCGCUUCAGGAUGCGAACGGGGCUCCGGAACGGAUCCCAUUCGCAUCCAGAGGUACCACUGUAUAUAAAGUGAUUGUUUGAAUGAUGCCAGUUUCUACUAUUGACACAAUAUAUGCCGCUUUUCAGGCAAAAGAGACCCGCAAGUCAGCUCACAAAAGAAUAGAUACACAAAUGCCAACACAAAUGAUAAAAAUUCAAAAUAAUUAACAUUUGAAGAGUGUUUGACUGCGUUCGUUUUCCUGCCAAAGAGGCAAAGAGCAUUCCCUACAAACAAAAAAUUGAGAGCAAGAUCAAAUCUUUAAGCAGCGGCUCCUCCUUAUAAGAGUCCCAGUUGGGGGGCAAGGCAGGUGGAAAAGCUUGCCCGGGUUGAUUCCAGGAGUCUUUCCCAUGACUGGAGAUCCUUGGAAAUGGAUCUGGAACUGCUACAGUGGUACCUUGGGUUAAGUACUUAAUUCGUUCUGGAGGUCCCUUCUUAACCUGAAACUGUCCUUAACCUGAAGCACCACUUUAGCUAAUGGGUCCUCCUGCUGCCGCUGCGCUGCCGGAGCACGAUUUCUGUUCUCAUCCUAAAGCAAAGUUCUUAACCUGAAGCACUAUUUCUGGGUUAGCGGAGUCUGUAACCUGAAGCGUAUGUAACCUGAAGCGUAUGUAACCCGAGGUACCACUGUAUAUGCAAAGCACAGGCUCUGCUACUGCUUUAUGGCCCCCUCCCCUAAACACCACCUCAGAAGAGAGAGGAGAUAAUGCUAGAAGGGGCUUCCCAAGGAAGCUGAAUGUUGGAAGAUUCAGGACAGACAAAGGAAAGUCCUUCACUCAGUACAGAGAGUUAACCCGUGGAACUCACUCCCACAAGACGAGUGGUGGCCAGCAACUUGGAUGGCUUUAAAAGAAAAUGAGGCAAGUUCAUAGAGGAGAAGGCUCUCAAUAGUUGCUUGCCACGGUGUCUGUGUUCUCCCUCCACCGUCAGAGGCAGUUGCUGGGAAGCGCAACUGAGGAGAGUGCUGCCACUUGCAGGCUUCCCAAGGGAUCUGGUCAGCUACAGUGAGAGCAGGCCUUGAUGGGCCUUCUGGUCCUGCAGGGCUUUUCUUAUGUUCUUACAAUGGGCUCAUAUUUCCUGGUCCAGUGGCCUGUCCUAGUGCAGGGUGUUUCUGACCUACCUGGGCUAAUGUGGCGAACAGUUGGGCCCGACCUCCCAGUGUAGCUGAACUACUAGCAGCGCUCAGAGUGUGUCUGAGCACAUAAAUGCUGGAGGCUGGGUUUCUAGUCACCGCUUGAAGCCUGAUUCAUACUUGCAUCUCCAUUGCUCAGUGCAGAGCUUGGAUGUGAGAAUUGCCAUGCUUGGAAAGCGUUUGUGUGUGGAGGAGGUGUUUGAUGAAAUCUUCCCUGCGGUGACUGGUUGUUGCUUACUUAAUAAUAAUAACUAGCCGUUCUGUAGCACUCCAGUUUUCAAGUGACAUUGCAGACAUUCUCAGGUAAUUUUCACAACACCCCCGUAACCUGGACUGGUGUCGUCACACCCACGUUUCAGAUGGAGUCUGAGACUGGCUUGCCAAAGACCAUCUAGCGAGGUUGCUCCUGAGGCAAGAUUUGAACCAGGAGCUUACAGGUUCCCAGCUCAGUCUCUUACCCCCAUGCUAGCUAUCAACUUGCUGCCACUGAGCUUCCAAAUUUCAGGGGUUGAUGGGCCUUCAGUUCACCAUCAGUGCCUGGGAUUGUAAGCUCAUCAGGGGCCUGUUUUGGCUUUCUUCUGCAGUGAUGCAUUGGUACUGAUGUUGCUGAAUUAAAAUAAUAAUCGUUUUGCAGGUGGGCUCUGCUUCCUCCUGUUCUCUGCCCCGGUAACCAAUGCCCCACCUCCAUCCAACCCUCUUCCACUUCCUGCUCAUGUUGCUCACACUCUCUUCUUGGGUUUCUUUCCUCCCCGCCCCCCCCAGUGAUGAUGAACAAGCCAACCAGAUGUGGAAGCGCUACCUGGAGCGAGAAGACAGCAAGAUAGUAGGUGAGCAGGUGUUUUUUCUUGCACAACCUUGGGCUGCCAGCUCCCAUCAUCCCUGACAGUUAGCCAGGGACUGAUGGGAGAUGGAGUCCGGCAAUCCCUGCCGGGCCACAGGUUUCCCCCAUCCCUGCCCUACAGCAUGGGAGUGGUCUGAGCUGAGCCAUAAGGUCAAAAUGAUUUGCCUGUGACUAAGCCAGUCUAAGAAUCGCCCACCUGGUCACACAGGAACAUGAGGGCCACUCGAGGGUAGACCCAAAUUCAAAUGCCAGUGUGCAACUCCUACAGGGUGCUUUUGAUUCCAUCUAUUAUCAGCUUGAAAUGCUCCCUUGGAGCCAGAACGCAUGAGCUGUAGCAGAAUGUGCAAGUCGAACGCUGUUUUUAAGCUGGCCCACACAGUAACAGAAGCAUUUCUUUCUCUCUCUGUGCUAGAUCUCUUUGUCGGCCAGUUGAAAAGCUGCCUCAAGUGUCAAGCGUGUGGCUACCGGUCGACCACGUUUGAAGUUUUCUGUGACCUCUCCCUGCCUAUCCCAAAGGUAGGCUCCUAGUGUCGUCACGGCAGGCUUCAGGGCAGAUGCUGUUAAGUGACUGAUGAAGCUUCCUUACAGCAAGUCAGAUAGCUAGCCUGGCUAGCUCAGAACUGUCCACUAAUAUGACUGGUAGCUUAAGGGAUCCUUUUUAACUGGAGAGUUAAUCUGGGAAUCCUCUGGAGUGUUUUCUCUUUUAACUGGUUAACUGGUCAAAGUAUUGGGGUUUUCCCCCUAUCCUGUAAGCCAGGAGUAGGGAAGGUGGGACUUUCCAUAUGUUGCUGAACUCCAGUUUCCAUCAUCCCUGAUGACUUUAUACUGGCUGGGGAUGAUGGGAGUUGGAGUCCUUUGAGCUCUGGAGGGCUACAACUUCCCAAUUGCUGCUGUGAACCACUUCAAGAGAGAGGUUUUUUUAUAAAAAAAGAAAAGGUGGUGAUUUUAAAAUUAAGAUUCCUGGUUGUCAUUUUGUGUUUAUCUACUCAUGAGCAAUGUCAGAAAUGGGCCGCCCACCUGUCAGUCCCCUGUUGCUACACUGACAUCAGGCGAUGCUUCCUUUUGAAGCCCCAGUUGUCAGGACUUUGAAAUGAACCGUAGGGCUUUCAAAGCCCCCCACGUUUGGUGUGGUGUAGUGGUUAAGAGCGGUAGACUUGUAAUCUGGUGAACCGGGUUCACUUCCCCGCUCCUCCACAUGCAGCUGCUGGGUGACCUUGGGCCAGUCACACUUCUUGAAGUCUCUCAGCCCCACUCACCUCACAGAGUGUUUGUUGUGGGGGAGGAAAGGAAAGGAGAAUGUUAGCCGCUUUGAGACUCCUUCAGGUAGUGAUAAAGCGGGAUAUCAAAUCCAAACUCUUCUUCUUCUUGCAAACUACUGGACUGUGGACCUUUCCUAUAAUUUUGCAGUGGCUCAGAAGCAGCAAGAAGGAAAAGGGAGGGGGUUUGGCCAUCUGAGCAAAGGGACUUGACAUCCCCUUGAGCAGGGGAGGUAGACCGAGCUGGGGGAGGAGAGGUUCCUGCACCCAGCCUCUGGGUAAAUUUUGGCACUUGCUGGCCUGGCAGUGGGGCAGAGGGACUGCCAGAAGUUUGUUUUUACGUGUCAGCACUGAUGUUUGUAAGCCUCCUCGAACGUUCAGCCUAAUGGAUAGGGUGGUGGUAAAGAUGAUCUUUCCAACCAAACCCUUGCCCUGAUUUCACAGAAAGGCUUCACCGGUGGGAAGGUAUCUCUGCUAGACUGCUUCAGCCUCUUCACCAAGGAGGAGGAGCUGGAUUCUGAAAACGCACCAGUAAGUUCAUCGUGCUUUUCUGCCACGUGGGUGAUGGCAUUAGCAGUAGCACCUGUUUUAUUGAAUUUGUGGUGUCUUUUUGUUUAAAUGAUAAUUGUCUCACUGUUUAAGAGGUUUUUUUAAUAAAAAAAUCUCCAGUGGUUUAUAAAAGCUUUUACAGAAAUAAAAUGAAGUAUAAGCAUCUUCUCUUCUUCUUCUUCUUCUUCUUCUUCUUCUUCUUCUUCUUCUUCUUCUCUCUCUCUCUCUCUCUCUCUCUGAGCAGGUGUGUGACAAAUGCCGGCAGAGGACCCGAAGCACCAAGAAGUUGACCAUCCAGCGCUUUCCUCGCAUCCUUGUGCUACGUAUCCUUUCUGCAUUCUCCCUCCCCCGCCCCCCCGGCCCAACUUCCCCCAAGAAUUGGGAGCCAGUCAGGGCUGCAGCUGGCGGCAGAGCGCCCAAAGUAUUCUGUUUGUAUUUUAUCUGCAGAUGUAGAAGCCACUUUGCAACCAAAGGUUACCAAGCGGUGUACAGAAAAAUAUCAAGUUGAAAUCCCAACUCAGUAAACUACAAGGAACAAUAGCAAUUUCUACAGUUGUAAAAUUGUUGUCCUGUAGUAUGACUGCGCCACACUGCAGGGAGAAAGUGGCUGCUUAGAACAGUCUGUUAAAAAUGUUAAGAUGGUCAAACUGGCCUACUUUUCAGGCUGGUUCUGCAGAAUUACACAAAGUACUUGGGAUAAGCGAUACAUACAGUCAUACCUCAUGUUAUGUUUGCUUCACGUUGCGGCUUUUCAGGUUACAAACGCUGCAAACCCGGAAGUGUUUAUUUCCGGCUUCGCCGCACGCGCAGAAGCGAUCUGCGUGCUUUGUGCAUGUGCAGAAGCACACUAUCUUUUUUUAAAAAAAAAAAAAUUAUUAAUUUUCCAACAAAAUUAUACAAUUUUAUCCAAAUUUUAACAAAUAAAAAAAACAUUUUGGACUUCCUUCAGCUUCUCUGGUAAUCAUCCAUAGUUAUUCUUCAGUACGCAUUCCCUUCGUUGUAUUGCCAUUUAUCUUCCCUCCCCCUUCUAUUUCUUUUUGACAAUACAUCUUAACUUUUACAGUGCUUCUUGAAACCCCACUAGCGUUGUUUGCACAUCACACACAUUUUUCAGAUAUUCCACAAACUUUUCCCAGUCUUCGGUAAACUUUUGGUCUCUCACAUAUCUUAUUUUCCCAUUUAGUUUAUCCAAUUCAGCAUAGUCUGUCAGUUUCAUUCUCCAUUCUUGUAUCGUCGGUAUUUCCUCUUGUUUCCAUUUCUGGGCCAAUAAAAUUCUUGCUGCCGUAACUGCAUACUGAAAAAGUUUACAGUCCUUUCUUCUUAUUUCUUUUCCUGUAAUCCCUAAAAGAAAAGCUUCUGGUUUCUUUACAAAAGUAUAUUUUAACAUCUUUUUCAAUUCAUUAUAUAUCGCUUCCCAGAAACUCUUCACUUUCUUACACUCCCACCACAUGUGAUAAAACGUUCCUUCUUUUUCUUUACAUUUCCAACACUUAUUACAUGUCUUAUACAUUUUUGCUAAUUUUACCGGUGUGAUGUACCAUCUAUAAAACAUUUUCAUCACGUUUUCCUUCAAUGCCAUGCAUGCAGUAAAUUUUAGAUUUUCUUUCCACAAUUUGCAGAAGCACACUAUCUCGCUUCACGCGCACACAGUAGCGGCACUCUACUUACGGACUUUUCAGGGUGUGAAUGGCACCCCGAAACGGAUCACGUUCAUAAGUAGAGGUACUGUAAUGGAUUUAGGGGUUGCUCGUGCAUAAGUUGCCGCCACUCCUGGUGAGGUUACCUGGUUAAACCCUUUCUGACUGAGCAGCCUCCAGCAUCGUGACUGUCUCAGUCGCUGGCAGAAUCCGUCAGUGGGCGUUUCUUAAACUUUUUCCAGCACAAAAAUUCCUUGACGCCUAGUCUCCGCCUAGACUCCCUGCGCGGAAGCCUUCUGCGCAGGGAGGAUGUGGGCAGCGGAGGACCCGUACUCUCUCCGCUGGUCUCCGGCGAGGAGUCUUGGAGCCUCCUCUCCGAUUCCCCCAUCUGCCCCCCUUCUCUAUUGGUGUUACGCUGAUUUCCUUCCCCAGCGGACGGGCUGCCUCUCUCCCUACUGGGACCCUCUCCGCCAUCCCUCUGGAGCCUUCCCUCCGCCUCUAGCUCCGAUGGCAGUUCCCUGACAGGUACUGCUGUAAAUCAAAAUCGGAUGCCUUCCUGGGUUUCCUAAGGAAUUCGGGAUUGGCUUCUUCUGGCCUCUAAAUACGACGCCGCCAAGGCUAUUCUGGCUUGGGUUUUCUUUUAUGAGGAAGCAUCAGGUUAUGCUGCACUGAUGUGUGUGAUACUGGGUAUCUUGCUCCUUUCCAGUCCUGCUGAGUUUAGGGGGGAAGGCAAGAGGUGUAUUCUAGAGCAGUGGGACCAAUGGUCAAAGUGCCCUCGCUGCACUCGGCACAGCAUUACAGUCCUUCUCCAGGUUGAGUCCUGGAGAAAACUGUAUAUAAUAAAAUGGCUUGUGCAAGGUUUUGCAAUACAAGGUGGAUGCCAGGAAGCUGCUGAAGCCCACCCAGUCCCCUAGAACAGCUUGACGCAUGAAGCGACAAAUUUAUAUAAUAUAUAUUUCAUUUCAUUUAUAUCCCACCUUUGCUCCAAGGAGCUCAAGGUGGUGUGCCUGGUUGUACGCCAGUGUGGUGUAGUGGUAAAGAGUGGUGAACUCGUAAUCUGGUGAACCGGGUUUGAUUCCCCGCUCCUCCACAUGCAGCUGCUGCGUGACCUUGGGCUAGUCACACUUCUCUGAAGUCUCUCAGCCCCACUCACCUCACAGAGUGUUUGUUGUGGGGAAGGAAGGGAAAGGAGAAUGUUAGCCGCUUUGAGACUCCUUUGGGUAAUGAUAAAGCGGGAUAUCAAAUCCAAACUCCUCUUCUUCUUCUUCUUCUUCUUCUUCUUCUUCUUCUUCUUCUUCUUCUUUUCUCCUGACCUGUUUUAGCCUCACAACAGCCCUGCAAGGUAGGUUAAGCUGAGAGGCAGUGACUGGCCUCUAAGGUCACUCAGUGAGUUUAAUGACCGAGUGGGGAUUUGAACCCAAGUCUCCCAGCACUUUUAAUUGCUUCGCCACCACAGGCUUAAAUGAAACAUAUAAGGAUGGCGCUUAAAAAGCAGGCUAAACCCAUGAGAUUCACUUAGAUUCACACCUGCCAUCAGGUGUAGAAUUGGAAGGAUGAGUUUGCCGUAUUUUUUAUUAAUCAUUUAUUUACGGCAUUUACACCACCUUUAGCCAAAAAGGUUUUCAGAGCAGCUUACAAAAACCAAAUACUAUCCCUGCCGUGUGGCUCACAUUCUUAAAGGACACGACACACGAGGAAGAAAGGAUGGGAGGAGGAAAAAACAAGCUUGAGUACUUCAAGCUAUAGCCAGUUAUAUUGGUUCAUGUGUUUUGAGAAACAGACAGUGAAAAGCAGGGUAUCAGUUUUGAAUAAACAAAAUUCUUUAACUCACCCUAUCCCAGACCUGAACCGGUUCUCCACCACCCGUUACUCCAUUAAGAAAUGUUCCGUGUUUGUGGAUUUCCCCCUCCAGCAGCUCAACCUGAAAGAGUUUGCCAGCGAAAAGGCCGGUGAGUUGGCGUGCCAGGUCUGGGCCAAUCCCUCCUGUGCCGUCUCGGGGCCUGCUUGCUGGAGAAGGGGAAGUUUGAGCUCCUCCUGUUCUCUCUCCCUGUUCCAGGCACCCCUGUGUACAACCUCUAUGCCCUGUGCAAUCAUUCUGGCAGCGUCCACUACGGCCACUACACAGCCUUCUGCAAGGACCAGUCUGGCUGGCGGGUUUACAACGACUCCCGGUGAGCAAAGAGAAGACGAUGGCUUUCCUUUCCUUUCCAAAUCUCCACUGCGCUGAUUCUAGUCUAGUUCUAAGGAAGCUUUCCUAGAUCAGAAGCGGGGGUGUAAACACUCUCCAGGGUUUUGCAGCCAAACGGCGCAGGUCGGGCGAUCCAAAUUCUGCAACCCGGGUUCGAAAUGCGUAAUUUCCUUGUUGAGUAAUUCUGGGGAGGAGAAUUCCCCGGAUACUGAAGGCCUCUUCCAUGCAUCUCAUAGGGAGAGAGGGAGUAAGACCGUUGGUCCAGAUCGCUCAAUAUUGCCGCGUCUGUCUACUAUGGAGUCAGGCAGGUGUUCUCUCCAGGGCCUGCCUGGGGGUGGAUGCAAAGGAUUGAGCCUGGAACCUUGUGCAUGUAAAACACGCACUGAGCUGUGGAACAUCCUCCCAAAAAAAGGAACCUGGGAUAUAUAGGAAGCUGUCUUGUAUUGAAUCAGACCGUUGAUUCACCUAGCUCAGUGCUGCCUGCUCUGACUGGCAGCAGCCCUCCAGGGUUUCAGGCAGGGGUCUGUCUUUCCCAGCCCUACCUAGAGAUGCCCGGGAUUGAACCUGGGACCUUCUGCAUGCAAGGCAGAUCCUCUCCCGCUCUCAUUCAGCCGCACUUGUUGAGGUUUCUCACACACACACACACACACACACACACACACACACACACACACACUCACUCACUCACUCUCAGCUGUUUUGUAGGCAUACGGAGUAGAAAAGUCCUUUUUUUUUCUUAAAUCAAACCGUGAAGGGCAGGAAGCUGAAAACUGCACCCUGUGUCAGCAUUUUCCAACUCUACAAUUCUGUGAUUCCGCACCCGCUGUGGGACUGUGGCGCUCACCCAGGCCAGCUCUUAUAUGGGUCAGAAGUCACUUCCUGAACCCUUCCUGCCUGUGGCCUGCUUCCUUGCACCAUAAAUCCUGUGCUCUGCUCUGGACCAGGAUGCUAAUAUAAUUAGGUAGCUGUACUAACUAAGUAGCUUAAGACACCUGUUCCUAAUGUGUGCCCUGCUUGGCAAGGGUUUAAAGCAGGCCAGGCUGCUGCCUGAACACCCUUGAUGCAGCCUUGCAGCCAACUGCAAAGCCAUUCAAACCCGGCUGCCCUAGAACCCAAAUUCUGCAGUGUGAACAGCUCAGUUUUGCAACCAAUGCAAAACAACAGCAAGAGGGUUGUAUCCAACGUAGAGUAGACCCAUUGAAUUCAGCAGGCAUGACUGACUAAAGUUCAUUGUUUUAAUUAGCUGACUCUGAGCAAGAGUGAGCAACCAAAAUCUCUGGUUUUUCUCACUGGCAUGUUUUCCUCCCUGCUCUUUAGCACGAUACAAUCCUCUCCUGCUCAUUAUGGGAUGCUGGACAUUGGUGCCCUGCCCUCCAACCUCUCGGAGUCUUCUUUGGCCGUCACAGUGCUUUCUAAGAUUUCAUCUAGCAUAGCUCAUGUAUCACCACAAAAUCAAAAUGGCUACAGAAAAAUAAGAACCUGGCAAUUAGAGUGAUAAAUUAUCUGGCCCAUGCUACACCCUGUGACUUUGGCUUUCUUCUAUACACUUGGCAGUGGUUAUUAAUUUUAUUUAGUAUCCUCUACACACAUGGAAGGGACGCGGGUAGCACUGUGGUCUAAACCACUGAGCCUAGGGCUUGCCGAUUGAAGGUCAGCGGUUUGAAUCCCUGUGACAGGGUGAGCUCCCAUUGCUCGGUCCCUGCUCCUGCCAACCUAGCAGUUCGAAAGCAUGUCAAAGUGCAAGUAGAUAAAUAGGUACUGCUCCGGCGGGAAGGUAAACGGCGUUUCUGUGCGCUGCUCUGGUUCGCCAGAAGCGGCUUAGUUAUGCUAGCCACAUGACCCGGAAGCUGUACGCCGGCUCCCUUGGCCAAUAAAGCGAGAUGAGCGUCGCAACCCCAGAGUUAUUCAAACUGUACCUAACGGUCAGGGGUCCCUUUACCUUACACACAUGGAAGUUUACAAAAGUACUGGGCAGGGAGGGGCGGCAGUACAGGCGACUCCAAAUUUCCAGUUGGUUCAAAAUGCAAUUGCUUAUUUGACACUGGGAGGAGAUCAUAUCACUGGGAGGAGAUGUGGUCUCAAUACCAUCAGCUUUGGUUAUUUACUGGUUUCUAGACUAAAUUCAAAGUGCUGGUAUUAACUUCCUAGAACCAGCACACCAUAAGGGCUGCCGUCUCCCGUGUGACCAAGUCUGAAGUUCAUCUUAAGAUGUUCCUUUACUGUAAGACAGAUGUGGGGAACCUGAACUGCAGCUCCCUAUGAGCCCCAGCAGAUGUGAUCAGUGGGCAAGGAUGAUGGGAGCAGGGGCAGACUUUCAGAUUUCACCAGCGCCCUUUGUGGAUCCACCUCUUGCCUUCCAAUCCGCUCAGUUCAGUACAUUAGAGUUGUGGUGCGCUGCUCAGCGCCCAGUGUGGCAGAACUGGUCGCUCUGCCUAAAUCCGCCUCUGAUGGGAGUUGUAGUUCUGCAACAUCUGGAGGAGUAUCCCAGGCGAGUAAGAUGAGCAGGCAAGUAAGAUUUCUCUGCUAAUGUGCCAUCCUUUCUCUCUCUCCCCGCCCCCGCCCCUUUUGCAGUGUGUCUCCCAUCAGCGAGAACCAGGUCCCGUCCAGCGAGGGCUACGUCCUUUUCUACGAGCUGGACGACAUGCACUGGAAGAAGCAGUAAUAGUAUUGGAACCCAGCACUUUCGGCCCUGCCGCCCCUCUUACCUCAUAGAGACUGGUGCUCGGGUCUUUUUAAAAAAAAUCAUUUUAAAAAAGCGACGACGACAAAAAAAACAACAAUAAAAAAACAAACGACACUAUGUGGGGUUUGUUUCUACGAGUGACCCGGGUCAUCCACUUCUCCAUAUACGUUCCCAGGUUUCCUUUUUAUUUUAUUUUUUUUCCUCAUUUGUUCUUUUUUUAAAAUAAAAAUCACCAGGUCUUAAGGCGGGAUGGGAGCAAAGUGGUUGCAGGGCAAGGCCUGGCACAGAGAGAGAGAGUGUAUGUGUGGGAGCUUGUGAAGGGGUGUGUGUGUGGGAGGAAGAAUGCACAGAGCCUCCAUUGUCCGUCCGCUUGCCCCCCCCAAGCCCUCAGGGGAAAUAACAUGCGCUUACCCCUCAGUCUGACUGUGGCAGCCACUACUGAUUUUAAACGACUAUGUGACUUUGUAUAUAUAAUGAUGGGUUUGUACAUAGAUGACAAGAGAAAAAUGAAGAGGUUGAAACUUUUUUUGUGAAUAAAUUUACUAAAAAAAUAAUAACAAAAA